AUGGACGACCCCGACCCCAAGUCCAACAGCAAAGCCCGCUUCAAAAGCAAAUGGUCGCGAGUUUUGAAAUCCAAAGACCCCUCCGAGCUCGAGACCGCUCCCCACCACACCAACUCCUUCAAACUCGACGACGACGUGAACGACUUCCUCAAGCCCUCCACUGAUCGCGCGGCGUCAGCGGCGUCAGCCAAGCCAGCCUUUCCUCCAGCACCGAAGCUCGAUAUUGCGAUCGCGCAGCGCUGGCCGGACGCGAAUGAGGUUCGGCGCGCAAGUGCAGCGACGCCUCAGGGCGCGGGACUGGAUACGCCGAAUGGGUUUAGGAAGCCGAAGAGGCGGAAGGGGUUGCGGGUGGGGUUUGUGAGGCAGGAGGCGGAGGUUAUUGGGGAGGGAGGGGAUGAGUGCGAGGAAGCUACUAUGGAAGUCGGAAAGAGGAGGAAGAAGAAGGGGAUGGGAAGGAGCGUGAGUGAUGCGAGAGCGCUGGAGGGGGCGAGGCAGGCGGCGGGGAGUCGUGGGAGGGAGGAGCAGGAGUUUAGGCCGCCGCCGUUGAGGAGGGCGCAGACGACGGAGACGAGUGAGGUUUCAACGCCGGAGGGAAGGGCGCAGGUUGGCGUUGAGGGUGGCAGGUUUGGGCUGAGUAGGACACCGACGGGUUUCGGGAGCCAGGAUUCACAGGAGGGGGAGACCUCGCCGGAAGUGGAGAGGUUUGAGGAGUUCAAGAUACCAAAGAUUGAUACACGCUUCGCAUGGGAAGAGGGAGGAUCUGGAUCACUCACAUCAGCUAGUCCGAAGGAUCCUCAAGCUCUGGCUGUGCGGAAACGUGAGCUGAGGUCGAACGAAGGCAUGACGUUACGCCGAGCGAGCGCAAUGAUCACCGAGGGCGAUGAUGGUAGAGGCGAGGAGGCGAAAAGGGAGAGUCUUCAAUUUGGCGUGCAGCCCACUCAGCAGCACUACGAUACGCUUUCGAGGCCGGACGCUCCUGAUCUCAUGCCUGAGCCUCGUUCGGCGCUUUCGCCACAAUCUGCUAGGUCGCCUAUGGGGCCUUCGCCUUUCGAUGAUCCGAAGUAUGUUCAGCGGCGUUCGAGAGAGGUUACGCCAGAGCGGGCGCCGCAGGUUGCCAAACCGCAGGGUUUGAGGAAGCCGAGAGAGGCGUACCAGCCGAGUUAUAUGAGGGCUGGACAACAGCAAGCUCCGCCCUCACCACCGACUCAGCAACAACAGUAUCAGGCUCCGCCUCCACCGUCUACUCAGCAGCGUCCGUCAAUACCUGCUCCUCCUCGGGUCCAGCCUCCGCCAGAUGCAGAGUAUACCCAUCCUCCGAGCUACAAGCGUACCUCGCAACAAUUGAAUGAGACCUCAUUACCUACACGUCUUCCACCGGCGCCGUCAGGAAGCAUGCAGCCUCCGCAAGCGCAAUACCAAUCUCGAAGCCGCGAUCCUUCACCCAGGCAAGAUCGCUCCUACGGCAAUACCGCAUCUUCUCAAGCUCAACGAGCCAUCUACUCCCGCCCUAAUGGCUCAAAUGGCAGCUUAAACUACCAACCUCCUUCUCCAAAACACCAACCGCAUUCCCGAAGCAGCUCCCAUGAUUCCCAAUCUUCAUACCAGCAUCCAUCUUCCGCCCUUUCACACCCUCCAGGCGGCUUCUCGGAGCCCUCACCCACGCGCUAUCAGACUCACAGCCAGAGUCCACAGAGCGGGAGUCCGAGGUCCAGUAUGAUCGGCCGGUCUCCUCUAUCACCUUACGGCUCUGUGCCCAGUCCUGGGCAUGCGCAGCAGUCGUACUUUGGUGGGACGAAAGCUCAGCAUGGACAGACUAUGCAGCCAGCGGCUUUGCAGCCUCCUUCGCCUGGCCAUCUGCAGGUGGAGAGCCCCGCGAGUCGGCCGGUAAGUGCGAGCUCGAAUCGGUCGUUCUCUAGGCCACGGCCGCCUCAGGUACAACAGGCGCAGCACGCUCCACCUGCGCAUACCCCGUACGACGAGACGAGACAGCCUUCAUACUCGUCUCAAGCUCAGGCUCAGCACCGAAUGGUAGAUCCAGCAUCACCGGCACAGCAGCCACCGCCGUCAACAGCGCCCACACGACCCUCGGCACAGUAUAUGAGACAAGACUCUCCUUCCUCCCGUCCAAGCUCCUCAGGCAGCCAUGCCUCGCACCACCGGCCCCUCGCUUCUCCUCAACCUCAGCCGGAUACCAACCCGGCCGCGGAUGCUGCGUACGCCGACUUCGCUGCGCGAGUCGCUCAUAUGAAGGGCGUCUUUAAACUCACUUCGGAGAAAGAACGGCCUUCGUCCCGGUGCUCGCCGCAGGCUUGGUUACGAGCGGCUCUAUGGUGGUACAGCAGAGGCAAAGCAGGCUUAGAAGCUAUGAUGGCACAACAACGGCCACGAAGCAGUGACGGACAGCUGCGUGAGAUCCUGGUGCAGGCGCAUGUCGAUCUGGCCAAAGGAUGGUGGAUUCUUACCGACCCACUGAACUGUGAUGAAGAUAGCGAGAUGCUCAACGCUGAUCCUGGAGCGAGGCAGGGAGUCGUGUCACUGCGAAGCCACUUGAAAGCGCUGGCGCUGUCGAUGGGCAAGAAUCAGUUGAUGCCGCCGCCGCAGAGCUUGAUUCAAGGGCAGGAUACGACGAUAUGGGUUGAAUAUCCACGAUUUGCUAGUGGAUCGGCAGCUGUGCUCACGGGUUCUACCAACAUGCAACCGCAAGAUGCACUUCCGGUGGGCGAGUCGAAGGAUACGCACUUCUAUGGCCGCUUUUUCGUCGACGUCUCUAUGAGCACGGAUGAUGCAGGAACGGAUCGUGUCAACUUACCUUGCUUACUUACAGUAAUGCGUGGGAAGCGGGAGUUUUUGACUACCGCCGUGAUCGCGAGUCAGAGUGAGCUGGUCAAUAUCAAGAUCGCUCCAAGAAAGAGCGGCGAAAAGGGAUUGACCUGGCACGACGUCAGCUGGAAGGCUUCUGCGUGCGGCAUGCUCGUGCGUCUACCACAUCAGUAUGAUCUGAUGGUCCGCAUGUCGGAGCGGGACUUUAGAUCGGUAUGGAACAUCGUCGAGUAUGCGCGGAAAGUCGAGCACUGCUUCCGGCCUGAAGAUGGAGAACAGUUGGUGCUCGAAAAGCGACUGGCGGAGAUGCAGCUGGCAGACUCUGCGAACACCGGCGCUUUUCCGGCUGAAAAGGUGAAAGGUGCUAUAGCUGCUCUGUUUGAGAGGACAGAGACGAAUGUGCAGGGCGGAGUAGAGAGGAAGCUACACCGUGGAUACCGGUUGCUGCUUGUCACAGAUCCAAAGCACAAGGCGUUGGCGAGUACGAGCCAUGAGAUCGGCGGACGAUACCCGCUGCUGUUUGAGUUCAUUACCGACUCGGCGGCUGGCGGUAUGGCGGCCAUCGUGCUGAGGACAAGAGAGAAGCACCGGCAAAGCAGGAUUCUGCUCGUGUUCGGGAGUGUGGAGGGAAGACAAGAGUUCUAUGAUGUGCUUAAUGGGCUUACUGUUGGGCCGGAUGAACUUAUUGUCGGCAAGAUGGAGCUCGCUUCGAUGAACAUCGAGCCUGCUGGCAGCCAAGCACCCGAAGGAGGAGCGCAGCAACUGCCUUCAGCGCUGCAGUCGCUCCAGUGGCAGAAGUUGGGCGUCACCAACGCCCUACCAGACGAAGACGAUCAUUCCGCCCACCAGUCUUCCACAGUCGCCUCCUCAAGCCUCCGCAUCAUCGCUCGCCACGCCACCGGCAGCAUCACCGAUCGCCUCAACCUCAGCAAAGGCGAGCUUCUCCUGCGUCUUCCAUGCACUUCCAGCCCGACAAUCCAGAUGCUCCGCGCUCCGCAAGAGGACAUCACCAUGUCCCUUGACACCCGCCAUACUCCUGGCCCAGCCCUCGAAGCCCUCUCCGACAUCCACCACACCGUUCGAACGAAACCGACCAUCCGCUCACUCACCUUCCCGUCUUUCGAAGAACUCCACGCUUUUCAGUCUGCAAUCACGGGCUGCACGAUCCGCUUCGACGCCCUAGCCGCCAGCCUCUCCAUCGCGCGGAGGAGGAUGGUCGUGCCCAUCUACAAGAAAUGGGAGGCCUCCAUCAUCCGCCUCCAAGUCGUCACGCGCCAGAACGUCGUCCAAGUUAUCGCGUGCAUGGAAGGGUUCAGCCAUGCAGAAGCUCUGUGUUUCCGGGUCAUGAGCACGGAUGUCUUUGAAGCGUGCAAGAUGGGCAAGAGGUUUGGGUUGAGGUUGGUAGAUGCAAAGUUUGCUCUACCUCCCGAAGAGGAGAAACCGAAGGAGAAGAAGGGCGAGAAGGGCGAUGUGGUAGUCGUCGAGGAGAGUGAGGAGAAAAGAGAGGAGAGGGUCCGAAGGCGUUUUGUGAAUCUGGAGGGGUUGGAGUAUAUGAGUGAGCAUGAUGAUAUUACGGUUGGGUUUGAGACGGUGGAAGAGCGCGAUGGGUUUGCAGAGGCUUUGCCCACGCCUGCGACGCACAGCGUUCGGCGUUCCUUGAUUUUGAGAAGCUCUUCGGCUCGCUUGCCCGAUUUCGGUCGACGCGAAACCGCACAUUGGUGGGGCAUUUUACGCCCUACGGAGCUCAAUGCGUAA